GUCGAAGUCAUCCGAGUCACGGAUCUGACCCCGGGAAUGCGACCGGUCACGUUGGGCGGCAAACAACUCGGUGAGUUUACCUCGGCGAAUGGCUUUUCGCAGCCGGCCUUCACAUCAAUUGGGUUCGACGAUCACGUCCGACUGGUCUUUCCUUACCCUGGCCACGCCGAACCAGUGCUGCCCAUGCAGGCGGGCGAACUCGAUGUCGACUUCGUAAAGCACGGCAUCGGCACCACAUGGGCAUACCGUGCGCAACCCGGAGACCGAAUCCAUUUUUACGGCCCAAAUUCAUCCAGCACGCUCGUGCACGAUGCGGAUUGGAUGUUGAUUGCUGGUGACGAAACCGCCAUUCCCGCAAUUGCACGUCUGCUUGAGGAACUUCCUGAGGACGCCCCGGCCAAGGUAUUCCUCGAGAUAGCCGAUCCGCCCCACAGGCUCGAACUGCGGAGCCUGCCGAAUGUCGAGGUAGUUUGGCUGACCCGCGACAAUGCCAAGGACGAUACGCUCACGGUUCUUCGAGAUGCAGUUCGCAACAGCAUCUGGUGGGAGGGACGGGUUUUCGCAUGGCUGGCCGGGGAGCAUUCCGCCGUGCGCGACCUUCGCCGUCACCUUAUCGAGGAGCGCGGGCUUUCUAAGGAGAAUGUCGAGUCCUCCGGUUACUGGCGGCGUGGCGAGGUGGUUGCACUUGAGACGGACGGAGCGGUCCCUGACCCCGAAAAGUCGAAAACCCCAUUCGAGACGCUCCAUGACCUGACCGAACUGGUCCGGCCGAUCGCGAUCCGCACUGCAGUCGAGUUGGGCAUUCCGGAACUGAUCUCCCGCGGUAUCACCAGUGCCGCAGAACUGGCGGAGAGAACCAGGUGCGACGAGCGGGCCUUGAGCAAAUUGCUGCGCUACCUGCAGACUGUGGACAUCCUGACCAAAACCGAGUCCAGCCACUACACCCUGACGAAGGUGGGUGAAGUCCUGACAAACGAUUUCGUCGCCGACACGCUUCACCCCUCAGGGGUAGCGGGUCGCGAACUGCUCGGUAUCUUUGGGCUCACGGAAUCAAUCCGCACCGGUCAGCCUUCCUAUCGUUCGGUCACGGGUCAGACGUUCGCGCAGGUGCGUACCGAACAGGACUAUGAGGACAGGUACCUGGAAAGACUGGCGAAAUUUCAGCCCGCGCUGGCCGUUCCAAUCGCCACUUCCGAUCUGCUCGCCGGGGUAAGGCACCUGGUAAUCCAUUCCGGUGGCGCAGGCGCCCAGGCCCGCGAGUUCUUGGCCGUCCACCAGGACCUGCGGAUAACGAUCUGUGCCUUGCCCGCCCAGGCCGACUGGCUGCGUCGCGACCUGCCAGAGAGUAUCCCAGACGAUCAGCAACACGCGCGGGUGAGCGUGUUCGAGAUCGCCACGCGGUGGGUGUAG